AUGGCCGACGAAACACUACUGCCCGCCUGGAGAAGGGGCGGUCGCAGCCAGGAGCACAAUAAGACCAUGGUAUUUUUAGGCAUAUGGGCUACCCUGGCAACCUUUUUAGCAUUGUAUUACAGUCCAGGCCACUUUUCAGAUCUUUUCAAGUCCCACCAGAGCCCUAAACGAAAUGUUAUCUUCUUUGUGUCAGAUGGUAUGGGACCUGCUUCGUUGUCUUUGACUAGAAGUUUCCGUCAAUAUCGAGACAAUUUGCCAAUUGAUGACAUUUUGCACUUGGACGACCAUUUUAUCGGUCAUUCUAGAACGAGAAGCAGUGAUAGCUUGGUAACUGAUAGUGCCGCUGGAGCCACUGCCUUUGCCUGUGGAUUCAAGACAUAUAAUGGAGCUAUUGGUGUUUUCCCAGAUACUGAUCCUUGUGGUACCGUGUUAGAAGGAGCUAAGUUACGUGGUUAUCAUACUGGUAUGGUUGUCACAACCCGUAUCACUGAUGCCACACCUGCUUCUUUCUCAGCCCAUGUGUUGCACAGAGAAGAGGAGGAUCUCAUUGCCGAGCACCAACUGGGUAUGUAUCCUUUAGGCAGAAUGGUCGACUUGAUGAUUGGUGGUGGCAGAUGCCACUUUUUGCCUGGGUCAGUUGAUGGUGGCUGUCGUCAUGAUAGUAGAAAUCUUGUUGAAGAAGCUGUGGAGGACGGCUGGCAAUAUGUUGAGAAUCGUGAGCAAUACGAUUUAUUGAAGGGCGGUAACAACAUUUCGCUGCCAUUAUUGGCGUUACUGGCCCCUGGCGAUAUUCCAUAUGAUCUUGAUAGAGACGACUCUGUAUACCCAAGUUUGGAGGACACCACUAGAACUGCUAUCCGUGCAUUAGAGUUGGCUACUAAGCACUCUGAUAAGGGAUUCUUCCUUUUGGUUGAGGGAUCGAGAAUCGACCAUGCCGGUCAUCAGAAUGAUCCUGCUGCUCAAGUACGCGAGGUGCUGGCUUUUGACAGGGCUUUCCAGGCUGCUAUUGAGUUCUCCAAGAAGUCUAAUGUCGAGACCAUUGUCGUCAGUACCUCUGACCACGAAACUGGUGGGUUAGCUACUGCUCGCCAAUUGACUCCUUCCUACCCCGAUUAUCUGUGGUAUCCUGAAGCUCUGGACAAUGCCACCCAUUCUGCGGAAUACUUGGGUCAUGCUCUAAGACAUUACAAUGGGAAGGAUGUAUAUGAUUUUAUCAAGACUGACAUUCUGAAAGAGGGUCUGGGUAUUCCAGAACCAACAGAAGAACAAAUUAAGCUUCUGGCUGAUAACAAAAAACGGUCUGAAGACCACAUUGCCAAUAUUAUCUCUCUGAGAUCUCAGACCGGCUGGAGUACCCACGGCCACUCGGCAGUCGACGUCAAUGUGUACGGAUUCUCGGGACACAAACGGGCCAACCGUCGUAUCCUCAAGACCCUAGGAGGUAGCAACGAGAACACCGACAUUGGCAAGUUCCUUGCCGACUACCUCGACGUCGAUGUGUCCAAAGUGACAGACCUUCUCCAACAAGAUGAUAUCACCACUGACGACCUCGACGACCCACAUGGGCUCGACUCUUAUCAUGCCCACAUCAUGGCUGUCACCAACGGGCUCUAG